AUGAAAGAUGAGAAGAAACAGCAGCAUUCAUCAAUUCCCCUCUCCUCUCCUGAUAUCUUCUCCUGUGCUGUCAGAGAUCAUGAGGAUCUGCACUCUGCUGAAGUCUGUAUUGGUGAUGAGAGCUUCUGGAGUGUAAAUUAUAUCAGAAGGAGAAUCUGCGUCCUGGAAGGCUCUUCAGUGAACAUUUCAAGUCAAUAUUUGUAUCCUGACAACAAGAAGCCCAGCUCUAAAGUUUGGUAUAAAAUUAAUAGAAGUGAUAAAGAGGAAACUGUCAAGCCGACUGAGGAUGCAGGCCGCGUGCAGUAUGCUGACAACAUGAACAACCAGCACAUCCUGAGAAUCAACAACCUGAAGAAGAAUGACUCAGCAGAAUACACAUUCAAACUCCUAAAAGAUGAUGGAGGAUGGGAGAGUAAUCGACUUGGAGUGACUCUGAUUGUCUCAGGUUUGGAGGUUAAGUUGCAUCCUGCUGUGGUGACAGAGGGCCAGAGAGUCACACUGACCUGCAGUACCAGCUGUCCUCUGACUGACAACACAAACUACAUUUGGUACCUGAACAGUCGACGUCUGACGGAGCCAGAGAGCCAAAACAAACACCUGGUUCUAGACCCAGUCACCAUUCAACAUGCAGGAAACUACUCCUGUGCUGUCAAAACCCACCAAAACAUCAUCUCUGGUGAAAAGACUCUAACUGUCCAAAGUAUUACAGGAACAUCAACAGCAGCAGCUGCAGGAGUUGUUGCUGCUCUCCUGGUUAUAAUGCCACUCGCUGUCUUCUUCUGGAUUAGGAGAAAGAGGUCCUCCAGACGUUCUCCUAGACCUGAAACAUCAGACAAUAUGAAGCUAAACCCUGGUCCUGUGUGUGAAGACAUCUCAGCUCAAGCAACAGAGCAGGCUGACGUUCACUACAGCAGUGUUCACCUUUUGACGGACCAGACAGAUGCUCUCUACACCACCGAGCAGCCACAUCAGCCUGGGGAACAGGAUCAGGUCCUCUAUUCUGUUGUCACCUUAAGACCUAACACAAUUCCUGAGUAA